AUGGCGGUUUGUUUGACGUGCCGAAGCGCGCUCCGGCGCCACAUAGACGUGCUCCGGAAGUUGCGCCAGCGGCGGGCGCAUUCCAGCGGCAGCGACCCGACCAAGGCUGGCAAAGAUGCGCGACCGCAAGAGCAAAUCCCGACACCCAACAACGUACCGACGCUGAACUUCUGGCAGCGGCUGGGCCCGCUAACGAGAGCGGCCCAAGCAUAUGCGCGCGCCCAGCGCAAGAGGCCCUACACAACCCAAGUGUGCACCUCGCUGUUGAUCUACCUGUGCUCUGACAUCUCGGCGCAGAGCAUGGGCGGGAAGGACUAUGAUCCAACGCGGACAGCGCGGUCGUUGCUCAUUGGAGCGGUGUCGUCGAUUCCAAGUUAUAAAUGGUUCGUCUGGCUCUCCGAGAACUUUAACUAUUCGUCGCGCAUCCUGUCGCUGGUCACCAAGGUCGUCGUCAACCAACUAUGCUUCACGCCCGUCUUCAACACUUAUUUCUUCGGGAUGCAGGCACUACUGUCGGGCGCCACCCUGCCCGAAACCUGGGAGCGCAUCACAAAGACUGUCCCCGUCAGUUGCGUCAACUCGUGUAAGCUGUGGCCCGCAGUCACGGCAUUCAGCUUCGCGUUUCUUCCGCUCGAGUAUCGACCUGUCUUUGGUGGUGUGAUUGCAGUCGGCUGGCAGACGUAUCUCAGUUACCUGAAUCGCCUGGCGGAACGGAGCAGCGCCGCGAAGCUGGGAUCGCUCGAUGGUCCGACCGACUCCGGCCGUCGCUCGUUUCCCAAGCCAUUGAGCGCUGGUUUCGCCCAGUUCUUCCCCCUGAAGAUGGCGGGCACAUACCUCAGGGCCCGGCGCUCUCUCGCAGCAACCUUUAGACCGCUCAUCAACCCCCGUGUCUCGCGGCGACCUGCAUCCACGACUUCGACUUCCGCUUCCACACCCACGACCACCACGACCACCACCAACUCCAGUCGCUCUUCCUCCACAGCCCGAAACAUGUUAGUCGGCAGCAUACUAGUCACCACAGCCGGCUUAGCCUACUACUACGCAACCGACACCCGCGCCUCCUUCCACCGCUGGCUCGUCCCCCCACUCCUGCGCCUCGUCUUCCCCGACGCCGAAGAUGCCCACCACGUCGGCACCGCCGCACUCAAAGCGCUCUACUCCCUCGGCCUACACCCGCGCGAGCGGCCCUCCGCUUUAGGCUCAGACCCACAAUCCGAUAACCCGCUCGCGGUAACAGUCUUCGGCACCACGCUCUCCAACCCGAUCGGCAUCUCGGCCGGGCUCGACAAGGACGCCGAGAUCCCCGACCCGCUCUUCGCGCUGGGCGCGGGCGUCGUCGAAGUCGGCGGGUGCACACCGCUGCCGCAAGACGGCAACCCGCGCCCGCGGGUGUUCCGCAUCCCGGCCGUGGACGGCCUGGUCAACCGGUACGGGCUCAACUCGCGCGGCGCCGACGCCAUGGCCGCGCGGCUGCGGGAGCGGCUGCGGCGGUUUGCGAAGCGUCUGGGCCUGACGGAGCGGGAAGUGAUGGACGGCGAGCUCGAGGCCCGCGGCGUGCCCACGGGGAGCUUGGUCCCCGGCCGGCUGCUGUGCGUGCAGAUUGCCAAGAACAAGAAGACGGACGAGAAGGACAUGGAUGCCGUCAUCCGGGAUCAUGUGUACUGCGUGCAGAGGCUGGCGCCGUACGCGGACGUGCUGGUGGUGAACGUCAGCAGCCCCAACACGCCGGGCUUGAGGGAUCUGCAGGCCGCGGAGCCGCUGGCGCGGUUGUUGGGGGCUGUGGUGGACGAGGCGAGACGCACGAGCAGGAAGGUCAAGCCGAGGGUUAUGGUCAAGGUGUCGCCUGAUGAGGACGAUGAUACGCAAAUGGAAGGCGUGGUGCAGGCCGUGUGGAUGAGCGGAGUGGAUGGCGUUAUUGUUGGCAACACAACGAAGCGCCGGAACGGGUUGGUGCCGCAGGGCGUGAGGCUAAGCGGUAAGGAGCAGAAGGCGCUCGUGGAGGAAGGAGGGUUCUCUGGGCCGGCCAUGUUUGACCGGACGCUGAGCCUAGUGGGGCGGUACCGCAAGAUGCUCGACAGCUACUCGCUCAAGAGCGCUGGCGUGGAGGACGCCUUUCCGCCGCAGAAGGUCAUCUUUGCCACUGGCGGAAUCACUAACGGGGAGCAGGCGCUGAAGGUGCUGAAUGCCGGUGCCAGCGUAGCCAUGGUCUACACAGGGAUGGUUUACGGCGGCUCUGGCACGAUUACUCGGAUCAAAAAGGAGAUGUCAAAAAAGCUUGCCCUCAAGGAGGCAUAG